UGAGUAGAAUCGUUCAAAGCUUAGUGCACUGGCUAUCCACCUGCGCAGUCGAUCGUGCACGGGUAACAACGGAACAUGCAAUGUAAGGUUAAUUACUGCGUGCAGCAGUCCUGACCACUCACGUUGGCCUCUGCCCACUGUCCGUCCCCUCUCGCUACCGUGAGAUGAGAUGCCUCUAAACUCAUUCCUGGCCCUUUCUUACGGCACCAAUAACGCUCUGGAAAAGGAGAGAAGGAUGGGAUGGGGAAACCAACUAGCGGUCGUGGCCGCCGUGCUGGAGACAGUGAUUUCACGCCGAAUUUCCCCUCCGCACGCGCCUGUCCAAUCGACUCCGUCCGAGUCUGUCCGGAGGAAAGCGACGGGCUCGGGCUGAAUUCGGCUGUGGUUGGCGUGCUGGAGAGACGAC